AACGUGGCACGUAAUUAAAGAUCCAGCUAAGUUGUCCGCACCUAAUCAUUCCUCCAUUACCGAAACAAACGAUCUCUCUCCCACACAGUUUCAGGUUCUCCGUUUCGACGAUGGAUCUCUCACUUGCUGCUUCUCCCUCUUCGUUUGACUUACUAUUAUUGAACUCCCACAAAUUCUCAUUAUUUCAAUUUAAGCCCCACUUCUCUCUCAAAUCCAAAAACCCCCCUACAAAAUCAUUAUUUUGGCGCCAAAAUCGCCCAUUCAGAGUCAGAGCUCUUAACGAUGAUGGUUUCGUCCUCGAAGAUGUGCCUCACUUGACUGAUUUCCUCCCUCAUCUACCAUCGUAUCCAAAUCCUUUACAUCACAGCCAUGCCUACGCGAUUGUCAAGCAGACUUUUGUUGGACCAGACGAUGCAGUCGCACAAAAUAUUGUUGUUCAUAAAGAUAGUCCUAGAGGUGUCCAUUUCCGGCGAGCCGGCCCCAGAGAGAAGGUGUAUUUUAUGCCUGAUGAAGUGCGUGCUUGCAUAGUGACAUGUGGGGGUUUAUGUCCCGGGAUCAAUACAGUGAUUCGCGAGAUUGUAUGCGGAUUGAAUUAUAUGUAUGGAGUUGAUGAUGUACUUGGCAUUAUGGGAGGUUAUAGGGGUUUUUAUUCAAAAAACACCAUAAAUUUGACGCCCAAAGUUGUGAAUGAUAUACAUAAGCGUGGUGGCACAUUUCUUUGCACUUCACGAGGAGGUCAUGACGCAAACAAGAUAGUUGAUAAUAUUCAGGACAGGAGAAUAAAUCAGGUAUAUAUUAUUGGAGGUGAUGGCACUCAGAGAGGAGCAGCUUUAAUUUACAAGGAAGUUGAGAAACGUGGUCUUCAAGUGGCUGUUGCUGGGAUCCCCAAGACGAUUGAUAAUGAUAUAGCGGUGAUAGACAAAUCUUUUGGAUUUGAUACCGCUGUUGAAGAAGCUCAGAGAGCAAUUAAUGCUGCACAUGUGGAGGUUGAAAGUGUGGAAAAUGGAGUUGGGAUUGUUAAACUGAUGGGCAGAUACAGUGGUUUCAUUGCAAUGUUUGCAACUUUGGCAAGUCGAGAUGUGGAUUGUUGCUUGAUUCCAGAAUCGCCAUUCUAUCUAGAAGGUCCUGGUGGUCUUUUUGAAUUUAUUGAACAGAGGAUCAAAGAAAAUGGGCAUAUGGUUAUUGUGAUAGCAGAAGGAGCCGGGCAGGAAUACGUAGCUCAGGCCAUGCAGGCAGCUGAUGAGAGAGAUGCAUCAGGGAACAGACUACUUCUUGAUGUUGGUCUGUGGUUAACUCAAAAGGUUAAGGAUCAUUUUACAAAGGUGAAGAAGAUGGAGAUAAAUAUGAAAUAUAUAGAUCCUACAUACAUGAUUAGAGCUAUCCCAAGUAAUGCAUCAGACAACAUUUAUUGCAGUCUUCUAGCACAAAGUGCUGUUCAUGGGGCCAUGGCUGGGUACACAGGAUUCACAGUUGGUCCAGUAAACAGCAGACAUGCUUAUAUUCCCAUUGCUCGUGUGACAGAGGCACAAAAUACAGUGAAGGUAACAGGUAGGAUGUGGGCCAGACUUCUUGCUUCAACAAAUCAGCCUAGUUUCUUGAAUUCCAACGAGAUGCUGCCAAUUUAAAUUUACCAAUGCCUUAGAACAAGUAGAAAUAUUUUUUGGUGGCUGCCAUUUAUGAUGAUUCUUAAGUUGUAGACAGCAGUUUAGAUUGUAUCUUUUGAUAGAGUCUGCUAUUUUAAGACACUAUCUGUUUCUCAAUGACUCAGCCAUCAUAUUUACUAAAUUCAAAUGAUGUCAACGUAUAUUUACAGUUAAUGAAUAUUCUUUUAUGCUUGCA